UAAAUUUUGAUUGGGGUUCAAUUUGAUCCGGUUUAAUGUCGGUUUAGAGAGAGAGGGAGAGGGAUUGAACAAAACCAGGACAAGUGAAAAACGGAAGCUGGAAAAUGCAAAGGGGUGGAAGCAAUGGAAGCAGAUGAGAAGGAGUUACAGAAGUUGAAAGAAGAAGACACCUACGUUUGGGACGACAACACUCAGCUCUAUGUCCAUCACAGUAGCGGAUUUUAUCACGACCCAACUGCUGGUUGGUAUUAUAGUAGCAAGGAUUGUAUGUACUACAAAUACGAGAAUGGCGAAUAUACGCCCUUGGAAUUCGGUGAGACUCGUGUAAGCUCAUCUCUUGAUGAAUCACAUAGAAACGUAGCUUCUGGUCAUGUUGAGAAUUGUUCGUUGAUUGGAGAAAAUGGAAGUGAAGUUCAGAAUGGGGUGAUUGACACUGGGGAAAGUUCUUCAGUGUCCACAGGGUGUGCAAAUCAAAAGGAACCUGAUGAUCCUCCUCGUCCUUCAGCAUGGGUGGAAGACACACUUAUUAGCCUUUAUCUAGCUGGUUAUAACCAGCAACCCGAUAUACCCAAUGAUGCGGUGAUAUCUUCUGGAGUUGAUGACCAGAAUUGCCGGGAGUUGUCUGCUUAUGGAGAUGAUGAUGCUGAGGAGCUCGAAGAGGGAGAAUGGAUUCCAGAAGAGGAUUUUGAUCCACAUUUUCUGAUGGAAGGAGAAUUUGAAGAAGGUGCUGUACCAGCUUUUCAUUCAACAGAGGAAGAAAUAUGGCAAGCACAAUAUGGUCAAGUCAUAGAGUUCCCAGAGAAGGCCUUACCCGAGCUCGCAUCUGUUGAUUUGUGGGACUGGAAAAUGGUUAGUGAGUCCAGAAAAGGUGGCAAUGGUCACGUGGUGGCUAGGCUAGUCGGGAGGCUGGUGAGACGGUCUGCCAAACUUCAUCCAUCCGUGGCCUCUGGUGGCAAACUUCUCAAAACCGCCCCAAUUUGUGAAGCACAGCUUCAUCUGGUGCGAGUUAGAACAGGUCAAGUUUAUAAACUGCGGAAUCCUAGUGCAGAAUACCUAGCAUCAUUGUCGGUGUAUGACUCAUCCAACCCAACAAAAGAUUGGGGUUUCCCAGAGAUUUCAAAUACAUGGAAAAGCUCUGAUCCAAAAUGUAAAGCCAAGAAGAAACACGGAAAUGCUGGCUUCAAAUCCUCAGCAAAGUCACUAUAUCAACUCAACGCUGCUGAAGAGCAGAGGAGCAAUGCAUACAGAGACAGAGCAGCCGAGAGGAGGAAUUUGCAUGGCGGCUAUGGCGUCGGCCCGGGUCAAAAGACUUUGGCUCUGCUUGAAACUGAUGGAAGUGAACUUCCGGAGACUGAUUCAGCGGAGGAGGCUGCAGCCGAAGCAUUGGACAUGUCGUUUGGAUCCCAAAGCUAUGCGAGGAGGAUAAUGGGAAACAUGGGUUGGAAAGAGGGGGAGACCCUCGGGAGGAGUGCGAAAGGGUUGCUGGAACCGUUACAAGCAGUGGGCAACACUGGCAAUGCUGGAUUAGGUUAUCCUCUGCGGCGACAGAAAUAAAAGCUCAAAGAAGCAUUCUUCAUUCCCCUUCGGGACUCGAACACGGUGAACAUAACUUUGUUAAAGCCACUGUUUUUGAUAUUCAAUGUGUGAGCAAUGAAUUGGUUGCUGUAGUGUGGUGUAGCUAUUUAGCAAACCUUUGAAUUCCAGUGAUAAAGCCAAACCCCCCACAUGAGGCAACUGGUUCAUUGUCGGUCAUCAGGUGCAACCGGUUCAUUGUUCAGACAUAUCUUUGAUAUGUAUCGAACUUCAUUCAAAGAAGUAAACACACGUGCUUAGUGUCU